GUUCCCACACGCUCUCUCUCCAUGGAUUCUCCUCUUCUCUCGGGCAGAACAGAAACUACUGCUAUUGAAACUGAUUCACAGGCGUUUAUCUUGCAAGCCAGUCCGAAGUGGCAGCCAGAGCUGGAGCCACAGUGUUGGAAGAAUCCGUGCAUCUAUAGGGUUCCCGCCUUCAUCACCAAACUCAACCCCGAGGACUACCAGCCGCACGUUGUCUCUUUCGGCCCCUACCACCAAGGCGACAACCGCCUCUCCCCAAUGGAGGAACACAAGGACCGCGUGUACAGCCGCUUCGCCCACUGGGAUGAGUCCCUCGAUCCGUUGGGGCCUAUUCUGCCAAAACUCAAGGAGAGCUAUGACGCGCUGAACCCCGAGUUGAAGGAGGGGAGCGAGUUCCGGAAGCUGAUGAUCAGGGACGGCUGCUUCAUGCUCGAGAUCAUGAGGGCCUGGGCCGCUGCGAUAGAGGAAAGAAAUAACAAUGAGCAGGAUGACCUUAUCUUCAGCACCCAUUGGCUGGCGUACAUGAAGCCGUAUAUAAGACGGGACAUGCUUCUGCUGGAGAAUCAGCUGCCGAUGCCACUGCUGUAUCAGCUGGUUGCCUUCGAGAACAAUGGCGACGCGGUGGAUGAGGUCAACGAGCUCAUCCGAAAGUUCUACUUCCCCCCUGGAAAACAAGAGUUCACGGGGUUGGGCCCAUGCCUGCAUGUCUUGGACGUCUUCAGGAAAGGCCUGCUGAUGGGACGUGAGGCUGGCGAGGGUGACGAAAGCUCCGUCGACACGGGCAUCAUGGGGAUGGGGCAUGUCGUGGACGUCUUCAGGAAGUGCCUGCCGAAGAAGACCGAGAAUGUCCAAAAUAAGGAGAUAAUCCGGUCGGCCACCGAGCUCCAUGAGGCCGGGAUCCGGUUCGACAAGAACAAGACCUUCAGUCUCAAGGAGAUCUCCUUUGCCGGAGGGGUCCUGAAGCUCCCCGUUAUCACGGUGGAUGACACCGUCAAGUCCAUGCUCCUCAACGUCAUGACGUUCGAGCGCUUGCACAGCGGGGCUGGGACAGAGGUCACAUCCUACGUCAUCUUCAUGGACAACAUCAUCAACAACGAGCAGGAUGUCGCGCUGCUCCACACCCGUGGCAUCAUUCAGAAUGCCAUCGGGAGCAACAAAGCAGUUGCGGAGCUAUUCAACUCACUAUGCAAGGAAGUGACGCUCGUACGUAACAAUAGCCUCGAGGCCGUGCAAAAGGACAUGAAUGAGUACUGCAAUAAGCGCCGGAACAGAUGGAGGGCUUAUUGCAACCGCACCUACUUCAAGAAUCCUUGGACUAUAUUGUCUCUCACCGCCGCCAUCUUCCUCUUCAUGCUCACCAUAAUUCAGACCGUAUAUGCGUUGCUCAGCUACUAUUGAAACCUCCCGUUGCCUCUGCAUAAUAAUUUCCUUUUUCCAUCUUUGGGUUUUUCUCCUAAUGUCUGAUGCUCGAUAGUUAUCUGUUGAUCGGUUGUUGGUGUCAUGAAUGGUUUUCCUCCUGUUUUCAGUUGUGCUUAUUUCCCUCUAUAAAUGUUGUGAACGAUGGACAUUUGGCUGUUUAUAUAUCAUUAUGAGAUGAUGAUU